AUGCUAUCUCGGUCACUUCGGUCCCUGUGCCGUACUUCGGUGCUCUCUUCGUCAAGAGCAAAGCACAGUCUCCCCGAUCUUCCAUAUGACUACAACGCUUUGGAGCCCGUCAUCUGCAAUGAGAUCAUGCAAAUUCAUCAUCAGAAACAUCAUGCCACAUACGUAAACAAUCUGAACGCUUGUGAAGAGAAAAUCCACGAAGCUUUAUCCAAAGGUAACAUAAAGGAAGCUAUUGCUCUGCAACCAGCACUGAAGUUCAAUGGUGGAGGCCACAUCAAUCACUCCAUUUUUUGGACUAAUCUAGCGAAAGAUGGAGGAGAGCCAAGUAGUGAUCUCAUGGCCGCAAUAAAGCGAGACUUUGGAUCGCUAGAGACUAUGCAAGAAAAGUUGUCCGCAGCUACAAUUGCUGUUCAAGGAUCUGGAUGGGGAUGGCUCGGCUAUUGCCCCGUCGGCAAGAGACUGAGGAUCCAAACCUGCGCUAACCAAGAUCCUCUUGAGCCGACCACUGGGCUGAUUCCCCUUUUCGGAAUUGACGUCUGGGAGCAUGCUUAUUAUCUGCAGUACAAAAAUGUACGUCCUGAUUACGUGAAGGCUAUCUGGAAGAUUGCUAACUGGAAGAAUAUCAGUGAGAGAUUUGCUAACGCACAGCAUUAG